ACAGUACCACCACGUUAUCAACAGCGAGAGGUCCCCUCGACUCAACAUGGGAGCAGAACAGAGCGUCUACGAACACAACACGAACCUUCUGAGGAGUCUCAAACCUGGCGACAUCGUCAAGUUUCACCGUGGGGCCUACUACCACUUUGCUAUUUACAUGGGUAAGUCUAAGGUAUGUAAGUGUAGGAUUUAUUUGUGAACGUUUGUAUGUGAGUGUAUGAAUAGCAAAAGUAAGAUUUGUAAGUUUAGAAUUGGUAGUGUAUGAUUCGUAGGUGUACAAUUUCUAAAGGUAUGAUUUGUAAGUAUAUGGUAAGUGUAUGAUUUGUAAGUGUAUGUUAUAUAAGUACGAUUUAUAACUGUGUGAUCAUUAAGUGUGCCAUAUGUAAGUAUACGAUAUGUAACACCAUGAAAAGUAAGUGUAUGAUAUGUAAUUUUAGGAUAUGUAAGUGUAGGAUUUGUGUUAAAAGGUUCAAGUAUCAUAAUUAUUGUGUAAUUAUGUUACUUAGUUAAACCCUAAAAUCCCGUCAUUUUACAUUCAAAAGUAUGUGUCGUGUUACCCCCACCUUUUCUCCCCGAAGGGUGGGGUGGGGGGCCUAGGGUGUGGCUAGCUUCCCUUAAAAGUCAAGUUGUCUUCAAAUCGUACAGAGAUUGGUUAUGACGAUCUGAUCGAUGACCUUCUGUCAUGACUCAUUCGUAUCGUGUCUCAGUUCGCCAUAACUAUACCGAUGACACAGCAUUGGCCAUAUUUUCCACGAGGUACUGUUUGUUUAGAACCAGUGGAGUCGGAGUGGAACGGGCUUGGCAGGAGGCAAAAACAUAAGCAGUAGUGGUAUUAGUCUUAAUAUUUUAGACUAGCAGUCUUGUUACCUUUACGAUUGUUCAUUAUCUAUAAGAACAAAAUUCUUAGCCACACGCCUUUUCCCAUGUUAGCCACAUGACUUCUCCCGUAUCAGCCACACGACUUCUCCCGUCUUAGCACACGACUUUUCCCGUCUUGGCCACACGACUUCUCCCGUCUUAGCCACACAACUUUUCCCGUCUUAGCCACACAACUUCUCCCGUCUUAGCCACACGAAUUCUCCCGUCUUAGCCACACGACUUUUCCCGUUUUAGCCACGUGGCUUUUUUCCGUCUUGGCCACACGACUUCUCCCGUCUUAGCCACACGACUUUUCCCGUCUUAGCCACACGACUUUUCCGUCUUAGCCACAUGACUUUUCCCGUCUUAACCACACCACAUCCCAUAGCCAUAGCCACUGCUGUACAGAGUGACACUGGAAUGUACGACAUUUCGAAUAGGGCUGUAGAAUUUUAUCACUUACAUCCCAUAAUAUCUUCAGAUUGAUUUCGAGGUGAACCAAAUUUUUUCUGGGUUUUUUCUAGACAGACGGAGCACUGGAAAGAUAUAAGAGUUUCGUUAUCUGAACGUGAGGCGCGCUCAAUGGAAUCCUUAUCGCAAGUAAACCACGGGACGAAAACUGGGUUCUCAAACUAGACAGCUAGGGGACAGACAUUCGGUCAACACGAUCUAAGAUGGAGGACAAACCAGUUUGACCGUUCCUUCACUUGUGUUGGCCGUGUCGUUUAGUUAUAGUGUGUGUUUCAGCGUAUAACUUUGAGUGUAUAACUUUGAGUGUAUAACUUUCAGUGUAUAACUUUAAAUGCUUAAUUUUAACAAGAUUUUUCCCGCCUUGUUAAUAUAACAUGCAUAUGUUUAACUUUACAAUAAAGGAUCAUCUUUAAAACUAACUCUUUUUCAUUAAAAAAAUUUUUAAAAGUUAAUGUCAUUCUCUGACAAAGUAAUUAUCUAAAAACGUUAAAAAAAAUGAACGUCACCAAAAGUGUAUGAGAAAAAUGUAGCUGAAAAUUUGUAAUCAGCAACGUCCCCAAGUUCUCUGACAUGUCAAAGAUAAGAUCUCUAUGUAAUCAGCAACGUCCCCAAGUUCUCUGACAUGUCAAAGAUAAGAUCUCUAUGUAAUCAGCAACGUCCCCAAGUUCUCUGACAUGUCAAAGAUAAGAUCUCUACGGACGUAUUUGUAGUUUCCGCGUGUUAUUUCAAGUAGUGCCUGACAUCUGAUAAGAGUUGUUAGGCGUGCCCAUCAGGUUCCUCGCAAUGUUGACCAGCCCACAGGAUAACUCAGUUAAAUCAAUUAUCAACCGAAGGUCAAUCAGCAACAUACGGUAUCGAUCACCUCAAGAUGCUAGUGGAGUUUAUAAAAUAUGAAAUGGCUGGUUUGGGGGAAAAACCUGACAAAAAAGACAAAGUAAAGAAGAGUUGGCAAGAAGCAUUCUUCAGCGGACAGAGCAGAACGAACAGAGAAUUGGAUCAGAGCAAACAAAAAAUACAAAUCUUCGCGUGGUAUCUCAAAGAACUGCCUAAAUGAUGACGUCAUCAUCUUGAUUUCAUGAUGUGUCAAACCAUUCCACAAUUCUAGUGUACAGAUUUUAUGUUGUGUCCCACCAUUGCACAAUUCUAAUGUACAGAUUUCAUGUUGUGCCCAACUAUUGCAAAAUUCUAGUGUGCAGAUUAGUUGUUGUAUCCAUCUAUUGCACAAUUCUAGUGUGCAGAUUUCAUGUUGUGCACAACCAUUGCACAAUUCUAGUGUGCAGAUUUAAUGUUGUGCCAAAGUUUAGCACAAUUCUUAUAAAUAGAUUUCAUGUUGUGCACAACUAUUGCACAAUUCUAAUGUACACAUUUCAUGUUGUGCCAAACUAUAUCAUAAUACUUGUGUACAGAUUUCAUGUGAUGGCAUUUCAACAAAUACAUAAAAUUCGAUUUACCAAUGCCCCAAUGUUGUUGUUUUUUGUGUAGACAGUGUCGCCACAUCAUUGAGAGAGGGGCGGGAAACAAAGUCAAUAUCUAUUUAAAUAUGUACGUCAAAAUUUUUCAAUUUGAAAUUUCCAUCAUGCUCAUUCAUUUAGUAUAUGUUGUGAGUCAUUCACACCCUGAGAUGGCCUAGGCGAUUUUCGACUUGAGUUGUAGCCUUGACCUGCGCUGUAUUUCGUUUAAAGUCAGGCUAGAGUUGCUCAAUUCGUCAGCCUCACUCCCUCGUCCUUGACUAUUUGAUCCAAUGGCGAGACGACUCAUAGACCAGGAUGCAGUAGGGGACCAGUGGUGUGUUUGUGUGUGUGUUUCAAUGCGCUCUUUUGCGUUCUAUGUGGCAUGACUUGUCGGAGUUUUUAUUUUGUCAAUGACAUACCGCCUAAGGUACUCCAUCUCUGGGUUUCAUUUCAUAGUUUGCCUUCACUUAGAUGCGUUGACAUGAAAGGAAUGUACAGUGGAGUGUUCAUUUUGACAAUGCCGAUUAUCCGAAACGCCUUUUUUUAUCCAAAGUGCCUAUGUUAUAUUAAUAACAUUUCCUAUUAUUAUUGUUAAUAACAUUUACUGUUAUUAUUAAUAUCGUACGCCAUGCGCAAACACCAUAAAACGAAUAUCCGAAAUCUGUCGUACAACGUAUGAAACAUGUCGCUAAGAACUGUGCAUGCAGUGAUCAGACUGGAAUAGCUUCCAUAUCCGUCAUUGUGAAACCUCGUCCAUUUUCAAAAAGUCCCUUAAAACUCAUCUGUUUAGGUCCGCCUAUGACCUGUGAUGCACCCUCCUUGCCCUGCCUCGUUUUCUGUUUCGGGUUGAUCCUGAAGAAUAGGCCAAAACGUGCCAAAGUGUCCUCGUUUUAUAGCCAUUUUCAUUGUUUCUAUAGUAUAGUAGUUACUAUCCUAGUGUCUCAUUUUUAUUUUACUUAGUUUACAUGUUUUUAAUAAUUGUAAAGCGCCUAGAGCUUUAUGGUAAGCGCUAUAUAAAAAUGCCUAAAUAAAUAAAUACUGUCAUCAGCAAACGUCUUUUGGUUUAUAUCGCAGAAUACGCGCCUGCAAAGUUUUUUUUAUUUACGGUAACUUUUUGUGUUCUCCAGGAGAUGAGAUCGUCAUUCACAUUCGAGGUUUGCCAGAAAACACAGCCAGAGACUACGUCAGGCCAUUGUUCGUUGGCUCAGUGGGCAGCGUGCCACAAGAAAAAGUCGAAAUAGCCGAGGAGGAUUUUUGGACAGCGGCCAACAACUGCAAGGGAUAUCUAGCAAACGACGAGUAGGUAGCGAUCUAGCAAACGACCAGUAGGUAGCGAUCUAGCAAACGACGAGUAGGUAGCGAUCUAGCUUCAAAACGUCAGCAGCGUCUAGCUAGAUACUGAGCUUGUUCAAACUAGAUACUGGCUUAGUUCAAAUUAGACACUGGCUCAGCUCAAACUAGAUACUGGCUUGGCUUAAACUAGAUUACUGGCUUAGCUCAAACGAGAUACUGGCUUAGCUCAAACGAGAUACUGGCUUAGUUCAAACGAGACACUGGCUUAGCUCAAACGAGAUACUGGCUUAGUUCUAACGAGAUACUGGCUUAGCUCAAACGAGACACUGGCUUAGUUCAAACAAGAUACUGGCUUAGUUCAAACGAGAUACUGGCUUAGUUCUAACGAGAUACUGGCUUAGCUCAAACGAGAUACUGGCUUACUUCAAACAAGAUACUGGCUUAGUUCAAACGAGAUACUGGCUUAGUUCAAACGAGAUACUGGCUUAGUUCAAACGAGAUACUGGCUUAGCUCAAACGAGAUACAGGCUUACUUCAAACAAGAUACUGGCUUAGUUCAAACGAGAUACUGGCUUAGUUCAAACGAGAUACUGGCUUAGUUCAAACCAAAUACUGGCUUAGCUCAAACGAGAUACUGGCUUAGUUCAAACGAGCUACUGGCUUAGUUCAAACCAGAUACUGGCUUAGUUCAAACCAGAUACUGGCUUAGUUCAAACGAGAUACUGGCUUACUUCAAACAAGAUACUGGCUUAGCUCAAACGAGAUACUGGCUUAGUUCAAACGAGAUACUGGCUUAGUUCAAACCAGAUACUGGCUUAGCUCAAACGAGAUACUGGCUUAGUUCAAACGAGAUACUGGCUUACUUCAAACAAGAUACUGGCUUAGCUCAAACGAGAUACUGGCUUAGGUUCAAACGAGAUACUGGCUUACUUCAAACAAGAUACUGGCUUACUUCAAACGAGAUACUGGCUUAGUUCAAACGAGAUACUGGCUUAGCUCAAACGAGACACUGGCUUAGUUCAAACGAGAUACUGGCUUAGUUCAAACAAGAUACUGGCUUAGUUCAAACGAGAUACUGGCUUAGUUCAAACGAGAUACUGGCUUAGCUCAAACGAGAUACUGGCUUAGUUCAAACCAGAUACUGGCUUAGCUCAAACGAGAUACUGGCUUAGUUCAAACGAGAUACUGGCUUAGUUAAAACGAGAUACUGGCUUAGCACAAACGAGAUACUGGCUUAGUUCUAACGAGAUACUGGCUUAGUUCAAACCAGAUACUGGCUUAGCUCAAACGAGAUACUGGCUUAGCUCAAACGAGAUACUGGCUUACUUUAAACAAGAUACUGGCUUAGCUCAAACGAGAUACUGGCUUAGUUCAAACGAGAUACUGGCUUAGUUCAAACCAGAUACUGGCUUAGCACAAACGAGAUACUGGCUUAGUUCUAACGAGAUACUGGCUUAGUUCAAACGAGACACUGGCUUAGUUCAAACGAGAUACUGGCUUAGUUCAAACGAGAUACUGGCUUAGUUCAAACGAGAUACUGGCUUAGUUCAAACGAGAUACUGGCUUAGUUCAAACGAGAUACUGGCUUAGUUCAAACGAGAUACUGGCUUAGUUCAAACGAGAUACUGGCUUAGUUCAAACGAGAUACUGGCUUAGUUCAAACGAGGUCCUGGCUAAGUUCAAACGAGAUACUGGCUUAGCUCAAACACGACACUGGCUUAGUUCAAACGAGACACUGGCUUAGUUCAAACGAGGUCCUGGCUAAGUUCAAACGAGAUACUGGCUUAGUUCAAACGAGACACUGGCUUAGUUCAAACGAGACACUGGCUUAGUUCAAACGAGAUACUGGCUUAGUUCAAACGAGAUACUGGCUUAGUUCAAACGAGAUACUGGCUUAGUUCAAACGAGAUACUGGCUUAGUUCAAACGAGAUACUGACUUAGUUCAAACCAGAUACUGGCUUAGUUCAAACGAGAUACUGGCUUAGCUCAAACGAGGUCCUGGCUAAGUUCAAACGAGAUACUGGCUUAGUUCAAACGAGACACUGGCUUAGUUCAAACCAGAUACUGGCUUAGUUCAAACGAGAUACUGGCUUAGCUCAAACGUGAUACUGGCUUAGUUCAAACCAGAUACUGGCUUAGUUCAAACCAGAUACUGGCUUAGUUCAAACCAGAUACUGGCUUAGUUCAAACGAGGUCCUGGCUAAGUUCAAACCAGAUACUGGCUUAGUUCAAACGAGACACUGGCUUAGUUCAAACGAGAUACUGGCUUAACUCAAACGAGAUACUGGCUUAGUUCAAACGAGACACUUGCUUAGUUCAAACGAGAUACUGGCUUAGUUCAAACGAGAUACUGGCUUACUUCAAACGAGAUACUGGCUUAACCCAAACGAGAUACUGGCUUAGUUCAAACCAAAGUUUCAGUGUCUAACUCCUCCGAUUUUAUGUCGCUGAUUUCAAGUUUAGAGGAUAUCAACAAAGUGAUGUCAGGGCUUUAAUCCUGCAGGAACACAACAGGAACGCCGUUCCCGUAAGCAUUCGUGCAGGAUAGUCAUUUGAGCUAAGCGAGCUGUGUGGCUGUGAGGGAAAAAUAAUCAUUCAAUAACGUGCUUAUUUUUUUAGUAUUGCUAACAGGUAAAACAUCUGGCCUUACAUUUCUUUUAAUACCAGUGGCACUUAAUGAUAGAUCUUCCCCUGUACUUGCUAAUAAAUAACAUUCGGAAAAUUCAUAUUUAUUUGGAGAGGUAGGGGAUUUUGGGUGAGUUCAAACAUCAUUUCCCCCUAGAAUUGGUAACAAUUAAAUAAGUGGAAGAAUAUCAAAAUUAACGGAUUCUUUUUUCUUAUAACAUUAAGUGCAAUGUCGAACCGGAAGCAAAAAAAAAAAAGAAAAAGAAAAGAAGAGGUUUAAGUUGAGAAUAGUGCAGAAAUGUGUAGAAAGUUAUCUUUGCUUGGGCAUCUUAAAUUGUUUUAAAUGUUACAUAAAAAAUUAAAAAAGUGGAAGAAAAUAAAAAUUAACGGAUUCUUUUUUCUUAUAAAAUUAAGUGCAAUGUCGAACCGGAAGCAAAAAAAAAAAAAAGAAAAAGAAAAGAAGAGGUUUAAGUUGAGAAUAGUGCAGAAAUGUGUAGAAAGUUAUCUUUGCUUGGGCAUCUUAAAUUGUUUUAAAUGUUACAUUAACAGAACGAAAGAGGCCUUUAAGGUUGAUGAUAUAUUGAGGCGAGCAAAAGCAAGCCUAGGGCCGACUGAGUACCAUUUACUUCAGAAAAACUGUGAGCAUUGGGUCAACAAGAUCAAAUACGACAAGGAGGAGAGUCAACAGGUGAGCAGUGGGUCAAGGAGAUCAAUUCAAAAACACAGGGUAGGGGAAAACCUGGGCAAAACAAUGCAACAAAAUAGCAGCCGUUUCGGCAAGACGCCUUCGUCGACACACAGAAAAGUACCAUUUUUUAAAUAUUAAUACAUUACUUAGGUUCUCUGGGAGGCUUGCUAAGUUAUUUUUUUUUAAACCUCUUUAAAAAUACUCUGUACUGAACUAUUAGCCAAAUUUUUUUUAGUCUUUCCCCUAUCAUUUUUUUAAUAUUUCCUGUUGCUUCAACGUGAACGCAGACAUUACUAUAUUGCAAUAAGGUCAAUUAGGUCAGGAAUGAAAUUAAAUAGCGUUUUCAUUAUUUGUUUUAAAAAUAAUUUAUACUCCCCUUUUCAACAGGCGACCAAUUUCACCAUUGGCAUGGGUGCAACAGGAGUGAUACUAGGGACGGCAGCUGCCCUUGGUGGUGUUGUUGGCUACAUGCUCACUAGAGAGCCCAAAAAAUCCGAGACGGACGGUUCGAAUGGGACAGUGGAAAAUUUUAGAUAAUUUUUGUUUUGUUUUUUGUAACCCAUUAAUUUGGAUUUUCUCACUUUUAAAUUAAAAAAAUUGAAAAUUGAUUUCAUUUAACUUAUUUGUGGCUGAAUAUAUUUUUUCAGCUUAUUUAAAAUCUAAUAGUUAACCGUUUUUUACAGCCUUUUCGAGUGUCAACAUCUCGCUACACUCUUUUAAGGUACCAUAUUAAAGAGAUAUUCGGGAAGUGUCUUAAUCCAACAAUAAUUUAAUAUUAGAUCGUAUAAUCAGAAAAAACAAGAUUAUUUGGGUUCAUAAACUAAUAAAAUAUAUAAAUAUCUGGCAGACGUCAAAAUCUGAAUCUAAUAUUUUGAACGCUGUCAUAACUAAAGUAUUUCGUUACCUUAAGAUUUCUUUUAGCUACGAAGCAAGUUUCCAUUAAUAUUUCCAAUGAGAUGGUGAAGAUUGUUUUCAGAUGCACUUUUUAAAAACUAAGGAACUGACUAACAAUUUCUGUCGCGGAAAAAAAAGGGGAGGG